AUGCUAUCUUUUGCCCGGCAGGUCGGCAAGGGGGUGCCCUGCAAAGACGUCAUCCUCCAUGCCCGGGCAUCUUCUUCGAAGGAGAACAAUUUGAAUGUCAAGAAGCUGGGGGGUGUGUCUCUUGCACACUCCGAAGCUGGUGUGCACAAAGUUUUCGAGGAGGCAGGUUGCUCCUUGCCUGUGCGAAUACAACAUGUGGAUCUGUGCAGCCAGAAAGCUGUUCCGUUUGUGACAAUGUCAUCCUGGGUGAGAUUUUUGGCGAACACGAACCGGAUGAAAUAUCUAGUUGGGACGUCUGAUGCUUCCAGGCGCCAAUCUUUGUGCGCCGAGUUCUGGGAACGAUUUCGAUGCAUCCGGCCGAACCACCCCAUCUUCGACAUGAGCAAAGAUCAAAAGCUGUUGCUCAAGGAUGCAAUUCCGAUAUUGCAUCAUGGAGAUGAAGGCAGGAGUUUCUGUAAGAAGCCCAUAAUGAUACUCAGCAGCCACGGAAUGCUAGGCAGUGGCUGCAGCAAAGCUGAUGUGAAGCAGGACUCCAAAAUCAGUAUGCAUGAGAACCCGAUGCUGCUCAAUAUGCUGGGUAGUACCAUCACCACCCAGUUUAUUUUUGCAGCGCUCCCACAGAAGCUCUACAAAGACACGCCGGAGGCAUUAGACAAAAUGCUUGCGAUUUACAGCGAGGAUUUGCGGGCUUUGGCCUUGGAUGGGGUGCAGGUCGUCGAGGCCGGCAAAACAAAGAAGCUUUGGUUCUGGUGCCUGGGGGCAAAGGGGGAUCUCCCCUAUCUAGCCAAAUGCGGCCAUUUUACCCGCACAUAUUCCAUGUGUCCGAAACAGUCCAAGUCAAAAAAGCCCUGCGGCGGCAUCUGUUGGGAUUGCCUGGCGGGAAAAGAAGGCGGUCAACAGGAGCAUCCCUGGGAAGACAUGCGCUUGACCGCAUCUUGGAUUUCAACCUGCGGUGUCGCACCUGCUUGGACAAAUCCUGGACCUUUGCUGCGAAUCCCCCACGACCGGGCAACCUGGUUCUACCGUGCUGACUUGUGGCAUUGCUUCCAUUUGGGUUGUGGCAAAUCUUUCGCAGCAUCUGCAGUGGUGGUGCUGCUUGAAGCUUUGGAAUCGCUCAAGAACGUGGAUGAUAGACUCAACUUUAUGAGUAGAGAUUUCCAGGCUUUUUGCAAGAGAACGAAAAGCUACAGCUAUGCGACAUCAGUGACAAAAGAUUUCUUGGGCUGGAAGAACCACAAGGACAUGCCGCAAGGACAUUGGCACAAGGGCUUCAUCACAACAGUUUUGCUGGAGUGGCUGGAAGACUUCUUGACUCGACACUUCUUGGACACAAAAGAUCCUUUGAUUCUGGAGAUCGUGUCUCUGCACAUGGUAAAUCAAGCUCUGCUGGGUUGUUUUUGGUUUGUUUAA